AAGAUGCGACACCAGACUAUAUCUUCGGACGGCACUCGAAAACUACGCUAUUCUCGGAAGCAGUGUCGGGCUGUCGACAACACCUCCGUCGCCACUCCUGCCACUUGAAGUUUCGGCGGCCGGCGAAGCAUUCUAGCCUCUGGCAGUUGCUGCGUAUCCUCAAUUAGAACAGUCUCGCUGUCUGCCUACAUCCAAGAACCUUGCAAGGUGACUAUGGCUUCUUGGACCAUCACCGCGUGUAGGAUCGUCGCCUUGUUUGUUGUCUUCCAAUGCUGCGCAGCUGAUCCUGUGCUCGUUGGCGGUUGGACGAGGCAAAACGUUGGUGACAACGCGCUGUUCGAGGAACUGGCGCACUUCGCCGUAUCACGACAGGUUGGCGACCGGGAGUUCUUCGACACCGUGCUCGAACUGGUGGAUGUUCAGACUCAGGUUGUGGCCGGUACAAACUACCGAAUAAAGUUCAAGACUGCCGAAUCAACAUGCAGGGUAACGGAAACUUACAGCAAAGAACUUUGCCUUCCCAAGUCCAGAGAGGAGGUCAAGGAUACCUGCAGCGCUGUCAUCUACGACGUGCCGUGGCUGAAUGAACGAUCGGUGUCCUCUUUCACAUGUGAAGGAAAUGCUGUUUCCACGUAAAGAAAGAAAUGCAUGACAUCUUGAAAGAUAGCAGUUCUCAUUGUUCAAUUUCAUAUGCAGAAUAAACUCUUAUAUAAUAAAGU